AACAAAUUAUUUCUAUUUACACAAGGAUUUCUAGUUUAUGCUCUAAAAAAUUAUAAAAACUAUCAAAAAAUGUCUCACGAACAUCUCCAUGGAAAGCCGAUAACUGUUUUGACAUUCUCGGAAACAAAGGAAAUUAUUAUCGAUAAUGACGAACUUGAAAAGAUGUUCAAUUAUCCAGAAAUUCAAGAACGUAAAGUUGUGAUACUUUCCUUAAUUGGUGCAUUUAGAGGCGGCAAAAGCUUCUUCUUGGAUUAUUGCUUGCGGUUCCUUUAUGCUCAUUUCCCAUCCAUAAACAAUCCAUGGGAAGAAACUCAAUUCAUCUUUGAGACAAAUGACAGCUGGUUGGGCGAACCUGAUGAACCAUUGACUGGAUUCUCGUGGCGUUCAGGCACAAAACGUGAUACAACUGGCAUCAUCAUGUGGAGUGACGUCUUCCUGCAUACAAUAGACAGAACUGGAGAGAAAAUUGCAAUUUUUGUGAUGGACACGCAAGGAUUAUUUGACAAUGAGUCAACUCCAGCUGAUAAUUCAAGGAUCUUUGCACUUGGAACUGUAAUUUCAUCAAUUCAGGUGCUGAACCUUAUGAAUCGAGUUCAGGAAGAUCAGCUGCAAUAUCUUCAAUUUGCUACGGAAUUCACAAAGUUCACAACUGUAGAAACUGUUGAGGAGAACCAAAAGCCAUUCCAAAACUUGACAUUUCUCAUCCGUGAUUGGACCAAUGAUGAGGAAUUUGAAUUCGGAAUCGAAGGUGGAAACAAAUACUUUGAAGAGGAAGUUCUCAAAAUUACAGCAACUCAAAUGCCUGAACUACGAUCGGUCCGUGAAUCAAUUAAAAGCUCAUUCGAACACAUUGGAUGCUGCUUGUUGCCACAUCCAGGUAGAGCAGUUGCUGGUCGUAAAACAUACGAUGGCAAAUUGUCAGGAAUGGAAAAAGAUUUCAAGGAAGAGCUGAAAAAAUUCAUCGAGCAUCUCUUGCUGCCUGACAACAUGAUUCUUAAGAAGAUCAAUGCACAAGAAAUAACUGGAAAGGAACUAAGAACUUACAUUGAAAAAUAUUUUAAAUUAUUCCAGUCAAACGAAAUCCCAGAGACUAAGACAAUCUACGAGAUGACAGUCGAGAGUCACAUGAGCAAUUUGGUAAAGUCUUGCAUCCAUGACUACUAUUUAACAAUUUACCGCAAUGAUUACUUGUUGACUGACAAGAGCAUCACAACUGUCCAUCAAAAUUGUAAAGCAAGAGCACUAAAGCUUUAUGAAAGUGAGAAGAAAAUGGGAACUUCUGAGCAUGAAGAGAAGUAUAAAGCAAUACUAAGCAACGAAAUUGAAAAAAUUUUCAUAGAUUCUCACAAUAAUUUGGUCAAUAAAUUCAAAGGAAUUGAGGAAAUUAAAGAACAGUUAAAAGAUGCACUGGCAAGAGAAAAGCUGCAAAAGGAAGAAGCUGAAAAAUCCAAACAGACGGCAGAAUCAAAGCUGAAAGAUCUAGAAGAAAAGUUGAAUAAAAAGCUGAUCAGCGUUAAGGAAUAUACAAAUCAGAAAAUAAUACUUACUGAACGUAUGGCAGCUGAAAAGAAGAAACUUGAAGACAUUGAAGCUAAGGACAAAGAAAAUACAUCUUUUGGAUGGAAAUUAGCAAAAGCUGUAGGUCUAGUUUUAGGUGUUGGAGUCUUAGCAGCAGGAUUAGGAAUUUCUUUAAUGGCACAGCUUGGUGCCGAACGAUAA